AUGCAUCAAGCUGCUAAAAACGGCGAGGAAAUGUCCACAGAAGAAAUUCCUUUAGGUAUUAAAAUGUUAACCGGCUUAACCAAGGUCAUGAUCCGGCAAAAAGUGACCACUUCCGAUAACAAUAAGUAUGUGGUGCUGGCGCCGGAUGCCUCCGUAGUGUUCUACGCUAAGGAGAACUCGGGUAUACUUGAUAGAGUGCUCGGGGGCAAGAGCCGCGCUUUCGAGAUCAAUAUCUUCGACACUGAGGAAAAUGAGGUAAUAAGACUUCGGAGGCCAUUUACUAUGGGGCUGGAUGUCAAGAUGGACGUGUCGGUGUGUGGGAAGGCAGUCAGCGUAGUGCGUAAGGAGGUGACUUUCUGCAAGCCGAUCAUCAAUAUUAAUGAUGCAAGCGACAAGCCUGCCUUCCGCGUCAAGGGGCCCAUGAUUCCUACUAACGUAUGCGACUUUGAGUUGUUCACAACGAGCAAGCAACGGAUUGGCGUGAUCAGUAAGAAAUGGAGCGGAACAGCGCGCGAGGCGCAGACGAGCUCUGACAACUACGUGAUCGAGUUCCCCGUGGACCUGGACGUGUGCUUCAAGGCUGCCGUAAUAGGCACCUGCCUCCUCAUUGUAUGUAUUCAUUUAUAUCUCUAG